GUUACUUUAUGGUUAAAGAAAAUAUAUGGUAAUGAGCCUAUUCCACAGUUUGAAGUGAAUGCAAGGACUGUUGAUAUCUUGCAUGACCUUGCAGAAUUCAAUGAAGCCAGAGACAGGGAUGUUUCUUUGCUGAUAGAGUACAUGAAACAGAAGGAAGCAGAAUAUGAGGCAGAAGCUAACUAUCUAGCAGGCCUUCUCACAGAAAGCCUGGAUCUCUCCGAAUCCAGCCUGUCCAAGGAAGGCUUCGGACACUUCAAUGUCCUAGUAGACACCGCAAUGACACUUGAAAUAAAGGACACUUCUCUUGCCAGCUUCUUCUGUGCCAUCGAUGAUCUGACUUCGGAGCUGUAUGCAGCAGAAUCAGAAAACAGAGAAAUUAAACUGGAAUCAAGCAAGAUUAAGGAAAAACUAACUGCAGUGCUGAUGCUGGAAAAAAAGUUAGCGGCGGAUCUUAAAAAAACAGAGGUAUUUCUGGAAAUAGAGAAUGCUAAAGCUGACAACCGAUCCAAGAACUUGGAGUUCCUGAAAAAUAAAUCUGAGGAUUUCAAAAACAGGAUCAAGGCUGCUGAGGACCAGCUUGCUGCCGUGGCAUUGGACCAGUUGCUGACACAUGAGUCGCUCGUGAGCCUGUCUGAGAAACUGGCUGAACAGCAGGAAGAAAUUGUGCUUUUGAAGAAGAAACUGGAAUUCUACCUAGAUUUACCUCCUAAUCUUUCCCUUGCACAAGUGAAGAUUGAAGAAGUAAAAAGAGAACUGAAUGCCUUGGAGGAAGAGCUCGCAAAGGAGGUCAAUUCACUGACUUUUGAGGUGUAG